AUGGCUCUCAAUCUGGAGAAACAACUGCGCUUCUAUGGCGCAUAUCACCACGACCCAGUCAAUAUCGGCAUACACGUUGUGGGAGUUCCGGUCAUAUUAUGGACUACGUUCCUUCUCGGCACAAACACCCCAGCAUUGAUUAAGCUGCCGCAGUCGAUAACCGUUCCAUACCUCGAGCUCAAUGCGGGCACCAUUUUCUGUCUCUGCUAUUGCGCAUUAUACGUUUUACUAGAACCUGUGGCUGGCACGGGGCUUUCGGCAAUACUGCUGGCUGCCACGGCGUUCGGAAAAUACCUGACAAUGACCUAUGGAAUGACGGCCAAUUUCUGGGCUGCUGCUGCUUUCGUUGCCUCCUGGGUAGCACAGUUCAUAGGUCAUGGCAUGUUUGAGGGCCGAGCACCUGCUCUUUUGGACAACAUUUUCCAGGCAUUCUUCCUAGCCCCUCUGUUCGUUUGGCUCGAAAUCCUCUUUGCCUUCGGCUACAGACCAGAUCUGAAAAGUCGCGUGGAGAAGAUGGUUCAAGAGGAUAUCGCCAAAUAUCGACAAUCAAAGUCCGCAAAAGCCAAUGGCAAGGCAAAUGGAGCCACUGUCAACGGACAUGUCAAGCAGUCUUGA